AUGGAUAGAAAUGCCUUUCACACUUUAGUUCUCUUAACUAAAGAUAUUGGAGGUCUAACUGAUAGUAAAAGUUCAGCUGUAGAUGGUCGUGUAUUACGAGAUGCUAUAGUACGAAGGAAUGGUAACUAUUAUUUGUGUGACGGAGGAUAUACUAAUGGAAAAGGAUUUCUUUCACCUUAUCGAGGUUAUAGAUAUUGGUUAAAGGAUUGGCGCGGCGAUAAUCCAUCGCCUCGUUGUAAAGAAGAGCUUUUCAACAUGAGGCAUGCUAGAGCUCGUAAUGUAAUUGAAAGGGCAUUUGGUUUGUUGAAAGGACGUUGGGGAAUUCUUAGAAGUCCUUCAUGGUACUCUGUUAAGGUUCAUAACAGGAUCAUUAGUGCUUGUUGUUUGAUUCAUAAUUUCAUUCGAAGAGAGAUGGAAGUGGAUCCCUUAGACAUUGAUGUAGAAGAACAAAUGGAGUAUCAACACGAGAAUAUUGAUGUUGUUGAAUCGUCGGAGAAGUGGACCACUUGGAGAGAUGAGUUUGCCCAAUCAAUGUGGAAUGCAAGAUUUUAA